GGAAGAAGAAGAAAGCAACCCUUCCCAUCGCGCGACUACGUGAGGUGUGAAUGAAGCAGAAGACCAAAGACUGAGGACGAAGAUCGAACCCUCGCUUGUACGAUGUCGUGUUCUACAUCGCAGCCGACGAAGCCACGAGUGAAGCAGGAGGUUACUUACGAGUACGCGUUUGUCAUUAGUCGCCACGGUGAACGAACGCCAACCACUCACUGCGAACUGCUCUGCAAGAUCACUCCGGAGGAACACGGUCAAAUAACCGACAUGGGACGCCAACAGAUUCAAACGCUGGGUCUUCUGCUAAAGGAACGUUACAAGUCCCUUCUGACGGGAAGAGCCGAUGAAGUACUCUCAUCUCACAACGUGAACCAGAGGACUCUGGACAGCGCAAAGCUUACGGUGGAGGCUCUGGGUCUGCACGAUGUCGCCUCCGUCCAAGACAGCACAGACUAUUACAAGAUCUACGAGAAGUCCCUCGACGCUCACAGCGUCAUCAUGAUGGCAACCCUGUGGCAUGGCCACUUCGCGACUGCCGGUGACCUCGUGCGGUUCGUCAGCAAGAACGCACGUUCUCCGACCAACAGCCAAAGGGAAAUGAUCCUUUGUCUGGACAGUGUCAUCACGCACGUGCAUAACGGUAAUCCCAUUCCCGAAUGGGCCCAGCCUUUCUGGGAUGAGAUCCUCAGGGCCGAUCGGCUACUCUUUGAGAUGACCAUGGCUGGCUCUGAGAGAAUAAUGGCCCAGUACAUAUUAUCGCAAAUGCUGAACACGCUGGUAAAAAGGUACGAGAAGAAAGAGAAGACUCUCGACAAGAUGCACCUAUUCACUGUAUCGGGGAUGAAUUUGUUCUCCGUCGUGAAGCUCCUGAACAACUUCUACGAUGCUAGGCCCGCGUACUGCUCAACGCUUUUGGUCGAAGUGUUCCACGACGACGACACAGGUAGCCAGGUGCGUGUGUACUUCGCCAACGCCCUGCAGCCGAUCCUUCUGAGGCUCGACAAGCUCAGCAACCCUUGCCCUGUGGCAGACUUCAUAUCGGAACUUCGGCGCCUCGUUCUGAACGAUCCGGCCAAGGCAGUUGUUUCUGCGACGAAACAAUGAAAAUCACUGGGGCUUGCUGAAGAGUUGCUGCUUGCAACGAUAUUUUUUGGAAACUAGAUGUUAGGGACGGUAACGGGACGUUGAAAUGUAACACGACAAGCAGAUGGGUAAGCCUUCUGGAGGGAAGAAUGACGGGAAGAAUGAGGGGAGAAUACAAUGACUUUCCUUUGAGGAAAAAAGAAACACGACGAGAUGGCUCGUUACAAUAUAUGGUAAAUUGCGAAGUGAA